AGCCCAGCCGCGCCGCGCUGCCCAUCUCGCAUCCAGCACGGGGCAGCCCCCAGCCAUGAAGUCGCGCGCGCAGACGCUCGACGUCGACAAGGUCAUCAGCCAGCUGCUCGUCGGCCGCAAAAAGGGCGAGAAGCAGGCGUCGCUGGCGGAGUGGCAGGUGCGCACGCUGUGCCUGUCGACGCGCGAGCUGUUCCUGCAGCAGCCGAUGCUGCUGGAGCUGGAGGCGCCCGUCAACGUGGCCGGCGACAUCCACGGCCAGUACGACGACCUGCUGCGUCACUUCGACAAGCUGGGACACCCGCCCGCCGCCAACUACCUCUUCCUCGGCGACUACGUCGACAGGGGAAAGAAUUCUCUAGAAACAAUCUGUCUGCUGUUAGCAUACAAACUAAAGUAUCCCAAUAACUUCUUCUUACUAAGAGGGAACCAUGAAUGUGCAAGCAUUAACAGAGUAUAUGGGUUCUAUGACGAGUGCAAAAGGCGAUAUAGUGUGAAAUUGUGGAAGACUUUUACUGAUCUGUUCAACUGCCUGCCAGUUGCUGCUCUUAUUGAGGGGACAAUCUUCUGUAUGCAUGGUGGCCUCUCUCCACAAUUACAAGAUUUGAAUGAGAUUCGAAACAUUCCCAGACCAAUUGAUGUACCUGACUCUGGACUGGUGUGUGACCUUUUGUGGGGAGAUCCUGCAGAGGGGCUGACUGGAUGGGCUCAGAAUGACAGGGGCGUGAGCUAUGUCUUUGGUUCAGAUGUAGUUCGCCAUUUCCUUGAGAGGCAUGACUGUUCACUUAUUGUGAGAGCACAUCAAGUUGUUGAAGAUGGGUACCAGUUCUUUGCCCAGAGAUCAAUGCUUACUCUCUUCUCAGCACCAAAUUACUGUGGAGAAUUUGACAAUGCUGGAGCUGUCCUUGGUGUAUCAGAAGAUCUCACAUGCUGGUUCAGCAUAUUACCGCCUCACAAGAAGAAGGUGUUUAUUCGCUACAAAUGAGACUUGCUUCAAAUAGAAGAGGAAUCCUAACACUUCUUGAAGGUUCCCACAAUAAGAAAAUAUUUUAGAUUACAAUCACUAUUGCACUGGGUGACCAUUAAGCUCAUGAAUUCCAAGCUACCAAAAAAUUACAGGAACAGGGAAAGAAAAUAAUUUCUGUCUAAAAUGUUAAUUGUAAUAGAUAUUUUUACGUGAUGUGAUUCUCUGUUAAAAACAGUAUUUCAACAGAAAAAACAGCCCUUUAGUUAAUGGUAUUUUUUGAUCUUAAUGGUCAGCCCUGUUAGGGACACCACUUUUUUAUGCAGGCUUUGUAGAAAUGAGAGUGAUCAGCCAUGCUGUUGUGUGCUUCUUCAGUGUUUGAAAAGCAACUCAGAAAAUGCCACCUUAAAAUGCAUUUUGACCUAAUUUUAUUUUACUGGAUUAGUGGUAUUUUUAGUAUUGAGGGAAAUAAUUCAACUUCAUGAGUGAGGAUACACUGACUGCCAUUUUAGUAAAAUUAAUUUGCAAACUUGAGAUGUGAAAAUAUUUUAAAUAUAUUAUUUUUUAUGGUCUAAAAGUAUUAUUCUGCUGCACUUUAAGGAAUCAAAUGAAAUAAUUGUAUAAGAAAAGGUACUGUUUUUAUAUUUAUAAUGAAUAUUUAAUGAACUGUUAAAUUUGAAUAACAGAAUAAAUUUGAGAAAUGUUAAUUCUCAGUAUGCUUGAAAUAUUUUGGCAGUUUUAGUGCUGAUAGCACAGUUGAUCAAUGACAAAAACUCUAAUCACACACAAUCUACUUAUUAUGUUGACAAUGAACUAAAACUUUAACUCUUGUAAGCUUGUGUGGUGGUGAAUAUGUAAUGAUAAGCACUCUUAAUUUAUGAUUUGAUUUAGCAUCUGCAGUAGUUAAAACCACUUGAUCCACUAUUCUUUGGAUUUCUGUGUAUCCUGUAUAGUUUUACUAGCACUCUUGGUAUGCAGAAAGUACCAACUGUGUUCUCUAUAGGCAAUUCCUUGCCUUAUGCUAGUGCCCAUAUCCAGUGGUCUUGCAAACAGAGAAUAUGCAAAUCAAAAAAUGGUGACUAAGGAAACUUUGCAGAAAAUGACUCAAAGACAGGUGCAGACUUUUUAAACAGCAUGGAGAUAAAUGUCAAUGAAAGAAAUGAAGAGUUUAUAUGCCAGAAGGAAAGAGUGAUAGAUUUAUCAAGUAGAUGGAUAAAUAUACACAACUGAAAGGAGGUUAAGAAGGGAAACAGAAAUGUGAUGGUAACUACAAAUGUGUAUUUUAGUCUGUAAAAUAUUAUCUUAAGCAUCAGCAUGACCAUUAAAAAGCAUAAGUAAGCCAAAUCAUGUGUUGCCCUGUAUGAAACCAAUACUGGUACUACAUAUAAAUACUGUUUAUAGUAAGCAUUGAUAAAUAUAUCCAAGCUAUAUUUAGCAUCAUAGUAAACAUCAAUAGUACUGAAAAUGCUUCAUUUUAACAUUUUAUAGAUUGAUGAACACUUCUACCUCAGUACAGUUAUAUGUCUAAAUAAAUUCUGAAAAAUUUCCUCUACUUAAAUAGCUGCACUGUCCAUUGACACAUUGCUGUUAUUGAUUUUUCAAUUGUUCACAUCAUUUAGAUUACAACAAGAAACAAUCUUUGUUCAUAAGCUACAAAACAAGGAAUUGCACCGUGUUAUUCACGAGAAUGGAAUGGCCAUUAACACACAGUGGAUCAUUCAUUGUCUAUAGUUGGUAAAAGUUAAAAUGUUAUGUGAUGUACAGACAAGGAACAGUAUAAACACAUUAAAUUGUUAAGGAAUAAACACUACAUUAAUACUUAAAGGUAUGAUGUAUGAAAAAAUCUUGGAAUAAUAUUCUAAGGAAACAAAAGAUAGACAGAUAGAAAUUAAAUAGUAUACUGAAUACACAGUUACAGUAUAGCUUGUGAAAAUGCCAUAUGCCUUAAAUCAACAAAUAAUAUUUCCACAAAGCAACAUUUUCUUAUAAUGUUUGUCAGGAAGGUUGGUGGGGAGUGUGGGAAUUGGGGGGGGGGGGGGGGGGGCAUUGAAGAUCAACAUAUAACUUCAACAAGGAGGAACUGAGCAUCUGUCAUAACAAUUAUUGCACAUCUCUUAUGAAUUUCACUUUUUUUUAAAAAAAAGGUGUGUCAUUUAUUUUUGGUUUUUCUCUGGUCUCCCAGUACUACCAUAGCUUUUUUUAUAUUAACAAAAUGAAACACUUUUUUUCUUUGUUUCACAAAACUUUAUAACUUUUGUACUACCAAGGUUUUGUGUUGUAAUCAAAAACUUAGGCCACAUAAAAAUAAUAAAUAUUUGUGAAACAUGGCAAAAAAGUGUUUCAGUAGCUAACACAAUACACAGUGUUUCACUAUAAAAACCACAGUUGAAUCAAUUAAAAACUGUUUUACAGUGUUUCACAAAAACACACAGUUUAAUCAAUUAAAAAGUGUUUUUUUAUCUCACUUUUGCACACAAAGAACACAUAUGUACACUUCUCUGCCACCAAUUUCAGGUUUCAGUACCUUAUCUCUAGCAUUUACUUCCACUUGCCUUUUCAGUGGAUAGCCAACAAUUUAUCUUCUAGCUAUUGCCACACAGCUCAAUAUUAACAAACUUCAUCCAUAAAGCAGGACAAAGUGGCACAGCUACGAAAACAUUAUACUUAUAUUCGUAAUUUAUGAUAUUAAAUCCCCAUCCAGCUCUGCAGAUUUAGUUUUUCCAUAGUUUCCAUAGACAGCUUUAGUCAAAUGCCAGGCUCUCUCCUUUAAAGGGAACACAGCCCAUUUCCUUCCCCAUCCCUGUCCAACAAAGCUUGUGCUCCAUCUUGAAUAACUGUUUUAUCAUUGGGAUGUUAAUCCCUAAUUUUCUUAUCUUAUUUUGUUAUUUCAAUGUUAUGUUUCUAUCCACAUAAACAGUAACUACCAGAAUCUCUCCUGAUUUCAUCAACAGUUACAAAUUUUCUUAUUCUAAGGUUAGAGAAGCUUUAGUAAGACAUAUGAUACAGACGACCACAGUACUACAUAUUCAGGUUGUGGUAUUUAACUGUUUCACAUAGUGAUAAAAGUGAAUCUUUUUUUCAUUUCCUUCAACCAAUUAAUUAGUCAAAUAUCAUAAUAUUAAGUGACAAUAUACCUUUUGAGGAGCAAUUCAACUAUGCCAAAAACUAAGGACAAACUACUGCUAUAAAGAAAAAAAUUUUCUGUUGUUUAUGAUAUGAAAUUAAUCAAGAAGCAAAUAGAUAUAUUGAUCAUCUGAGCAUCACAGAACAUUAUUAUUUACUUUAUUUUUAAGAGAAAACUGAAUAAAAACUCAAUUAAAAUUCAGUAUAAAAUCUAUACAUUGGAAUUAGAAAGUAAAAUUCAAAUUCUCUCCUCUGAAGAUCUAUGUCCCUACUCUGCAAACAACUGUGAAGUGCAUAGCCAAGUGCAUCAAUUUUCAAAAAUUCAAAAGUGUGCAUAAUUUUAAAACAUUAGUGUAAAAUUUUAGCAGAAAUUAUUUUUGUAGUUAUUAAAGGCAGAAAUGCUUCAACUGUUCCAUAAAAUCUGGUUUCAUACUGUAAAGGAAAUAACCACUGAAUGAAACUUUAACUAAAUGAAGGUGUUGAAGACUUUUGUGUGACAUGUGAAAAAUUAAGAGAAAGUUAGCAGAAAACUGAAUAAAAAAUGUGUGCAAAUCAGUGAAGUGUUGUCAAGUAGACUGGCACACACAAUAAAAAUUUUGUCUGUAAAAAGACAGAAUGUAGACUCUAAGCAUAGUCUGGUAUACAGAAUAACCUGACAAAACACCAGCUAAAAAUCUAGAAAAAAUUUUAAAAAAUUCAGUUAACUUUCAACAUAUGUAUUAGCUCUAUCUUCUUUUGUCAGUAUAAUGUUUCUAAAAGAGAAGCAGUAAAUAUAUUAAAAAAAACUUUCAAAUUUCAAUCUGCUGUAGUUUUUUGUUUUUUUUAUAUUUCUCCUAUUCAUGUUGUUUUUACACAUCUGUUAGUAUGAUCAUACAUAUAUUCAUGAUCAGUUGUUCAUGAUUUUUAUGUUCUGCAAAAUAAGUGCAGAAGGGUGGAGAGAGAAGUUACAGAAGACAGUCAACUAUGAUCUGACUUUGAUGAUAUGAUCUCACUGUAGUCUUGCAAAUUGUGUAUCUGUUUUCACAUCACAUACAUUUUGGUACCAAGAGCAGAAAAGUUUGUGACAGUUAAUAAGGUAUUCUUAAAGACACACAUAAACAGAAUAAAUAUAAAAAGUUUUAAGUGAAUGUUGAAUAUUUGAAUUAUUACUGAUGUUGUAUAUGUAUACAGAAAGCUGACAAAGUUGCUGUUGUAUCAGUGUGCCUGUGUUUGAAUGUUGUGCCAAUCAGUUUUGUGAAUAUUAUUUGUAUAAAAAAAUUUUAUGAACAGUUUUAAUAAAAAAAAUUGCUCCAAAA